GACAUGGCCGACUGGUGGUACUAAACGUGGAUUGAACACCUAACGUUACCCCAAUCUCGCGAAGUCUUAACCCAGAUCCACCUGUAUCUAAUCUUACUCCAGAGAGUUUUGAUUGUUUUGAUGACUCCGUAAUUGGAAAGUCAUUAGACUCCAAUUCCUACAGUUUUGACAAGAAAUGCCAACAACACUCGAAAAUGACAUGGAAAGGACAGAAAACCCCGAGACUUCCUCAGAGUCUCCUGACGAGACAGUUUACGAGCCGAUGGACACGAGUGAGGAGCCAUCAAUCCCAACAGAAUCAGAUCAGCUCCCAGCCUCCCAGCCAAUGGACUCAGACACCUUCAUGAUGGCAGUCGAUCCAACCUACGAGCCCACACCCAUUCCCAGUGCGUCUAAUUCCAUGAUGACAUCCUCGACCAAUUCACGUGACGAGGUGUCUGACCCCAUACCCCUAGGCCCCACCAACGGGCUCUCCUUCGCAGGAAGCCCAUUGGACUCUCAAGUCUCACGAGAGCCCAUUGACGAGACUCGAAAUAUCUACGACUUAAGUGACCUUACCUACGUACCACGAUCGCCCGACUUCAGCCCUGUGGGAAAUGGCUACUAUUCAUCAAGCGAAAUGUCCUCACCCACAUACACCCCUACUGAAACGCACGAAGUACCUGAAUUGGGGCCCAGCGCAGGCCCAAGCACACUGAAUACUCAACUAGCCAGACCCCAAGACGAACUAGAUCCGAUGAUCCAAGUGCCACCGUAUGGCAUCCCAGUGUCCUCCAAGACAAUCAAAAGAGCUGGCCCAUACAUCCUGGGACCCCUCAUAGGAACCUCACCAGUGAGGAGCAUUGUCCAGUGUCUUGCCAGGAAAGAAGGUACUGACAAAUACUUCACUAUAAAAAUCCUCACCCUGAAGGACGAAAACGAAUACGAAACGCAGGAUGACCGUCAAGGAAAGAUGCUUUUGCACGCUGAGUAUUCCUUGCUGAGCCUUCUCCAGAAUCAGGACGGAGUGGUUCACCACCACGGGUUCUUCAAGGACGCGGCAAUGGGGGAAAGAUCGACGCCCAAUGGACGAGUCUACACUGGCAGAAUCAAAAGAAGACUCUGUUUAGUUCUGGACUGUCUCACUCCUCACGACUUCAACCCCAGGAACGACGAGCUUCUGAAUCUCCAGCACCACGUGAUCAGAGAGAAGAAACUCUCAGAGAAGGAGAGUCUCUUAAUAUUCGCUGAUACCGUGAGAAUUGUUGCUGAACUACACAAGAGGAAUAUAGUCCACAGAGACUUGAAACUGGGGAACAUAGUGUUGAAUAGAAAAACGAGAAAAGUUACGAUAACAAAUUUUUGCCUGGGAAAACACUUGGCUAGUGAGAAGGACCUGCUGAAGGACCAACGUGGAAGUCCAGCGUACAUAUCACCGGAUGUACUUUGUGGGAAGCCAUAUCUGGGAAAGCCUUCUGACAUGUGGGCCCUUGGUGUCGUUCUCUUCACGAUGCUCUAUGGACAGUUUCCCUUCUACGAUAGCAGUCCCACUCAACUGUUUAAUAAGAUUAGGGCAGCCAUCUAUCAUAUUCCGAAUGAUGGAAGGGUCUCCGAGGGGACGACUUAUCUGAUAAAAGACCUGCUAGUGCUCCAGCCCCACAGGAGACUGACAGCUGUUCAGGUGCUGGAGUCUCUGAGUCUUAUCAUAGAAACUUUCAAGAUACAUGGACCUAUUGGGGAAGAAGAGCAGGUGGUGCCUGACAUUUCUGAUGAGAAGGAGGACCCCUGCGACAAGAAGACGGAAAUCAAUGCUCAGAAAAAGCUCGAGUCCCAACCUUGCACGGAUUUAUUCAAGAAGGUCACGUUUCAAGAGCAGUUGCAGCAGAUGAUGAAUCAGCAACAGAGCCCUCUACUCCCCAGGGCUCGACCCUUCGGCCAAAUACCAGUUCACAGGGUUGAUUCUGACCCCAGGGAACUGACACCAGCUGAGUUGGAGAAGUACAGCCAUCUAAUUCCGAGAGAAAGCCAGAGGAGCCACUCCCAUGGGCCCAGAAGAGACGGCAUUCACCUCAGGACUCGCUCAGGGAAUAGAUAUAGAACUGCCCCGGGAUCUGCACCACUUCCUGUCAGGCAGAACCCAAAUUCGGGUCGUGGGCAUUCCACAUCGAACCCCACAAAUCCACCAGCCACAGAGGCAGUUCAUGUGGUGGGAUUGAACCCUGGGAGUUCAAGUCAUAGACCUGGUGGACCUUGGCCUGAGUCUAGUUCUAGGGAUGGGGCCUCCACCUCCUCUGCUUUGAUAAACAAUAGAACCAGUGAAAGGGGUCCUGAUAGGCUGCAUUCUGGUCACGAUGGAGGACACUCUGGAGUCCCUGUCAGCCAGAAUCGAACUGCCUCAGGUCGUCCUGGAUUGCCGAUAAAUGCAGAUGUAUCAGUGUCACCAUCAUUUCUCCCAGAGAGUCCAGCGCGUGCCCCAUCCAGGCCAAUAACUGAGCGUCCAGAAAAUGCUGCCCCAUUAUCAUCAAGAGAUCCGACAGAUGUGAGACAUGCUCGAUUAACCCAGCUUCGAGCUCGUUACGAUCACGCCAGGAUGUCUAUGGCCAUUCGUGCGUGCUUGCUGAGUCGAAAUAAUCAAAGGAAUAGUGAGCCUCCCAGGCCCGUUGCCCUGUCCAACCGAUCUGUCCCUGAUGUAGACACGGUGGCCCAACAGAGCCGAUUCAGGGAGGCCGUUCUCGAUCAUAUGAUGUCGUUCCGGGUGCGGGUGCAGCAACGCAGGAUUGACAACAUCGAGAGACAGAUGAAUGUGAUGACAAGCUUGGACAGGAGCACUGAGAGAAUGAAGAGGAUUCUUGUGAACAGGGUGAGGGGUUUAUCGUCAGACUCCCCUAGGCCGAGAAAUCCGGCAGCCAAUCAGAAUGACCCUAGGGUGAGCCCCGGGAGUGAGAGGAACGAUGGAAAUGCUGUGAUACCUAGUGGUGAGGACAGGAGAGCUGUUCAGAGAAGGCUCGAGAGAAGGAGUGAUUCCUCGGGAUUUCCCAAUUUCGCUAAUGCCCUUCAGCAACUCGCGACGAGGCUCACCAGGCCCUCACAGGGGCAAGACGGCUCAGCGCCAGGGCAGGACGGCUCGGCGCCAGGGCAGGAGGGCCAAGGAGGGAGCCAGUGAAUUAACCUGAUAGCUCCUGCAAUUACUUGUAUAUUUUACGAUGAACAGUGCCAAUUUUAUCACAGGGUUGGGCCACGAGAAAAUUAAUUCUGUCGGUUUUCUAUUUGAAUCAGGCCGCAUUUCUUAACAAGAGGGUAGGGCAGUAUGAAUUUAGGAAUACAUGAUAUAUCUUACUAAACAUGGGAACGCAUAUGGAUAUUCUGCAAUCGAGGAUGUUUAAUUGAAGCAGGCAUUUUUUGGAGGAAAUAAGAAGUGCGGAAAUUUCGAUUCGAAAAAAUUUGCCUGUUGUAUUGCCAGUGAAUCGUUAAGUAUUGUUAUUUCAUUUGGAGACUUUAUUUUUUAGAAUUGAAUAGACACAGCGAAGCCCAGGUUGAAAAUUUGUGUACAUUAUGUAAAAUUUUAUUGUGGGGUUUAGUACAGUGUAAGGGAUUUGCACGCAUCCUCCGUAAAUAAAUUCAAGGGAUUUUCUACAUUUCUUGGAAUUAAAUUGUCUUUGCGAUUGCGAUCAGUUUAUUUUUCACUAUGGUGAGAGGGUGGGCAAAGAGGAAUUUUUAAUCAAUAUUCUAUAACUCAAAGACUAAGGAAAGAAUACUCUCGAAACAAGAAUGUUUGAUUGUUUCACGAAUUUGCAUGUCCGUGACGUGAGAACUUUCAAAAUCUUGAUGGAAAAAUAUUUUCCUCCGGAGUUCAGAGAGAAUUGUUGAAUAUUGAUAUUGAUAAUUGAUUCCCAACAUGGUUCAUUAGAAUUAUUUGAAAAAUAUUGUGUACGUUAUAUAGCGCAUUGCUGCAAUUUGUUUGUGAAAUUUAUCAGAGUGUGAUUGGAUGAAAAUAACGAAAUCCAUUAGUCUUGGGAUGAAUUUUGUUUAACCGGUGUAUAAAAAUUAUUUUUGAGUUUCGCUGUGACAAAAUAUUGAUUACAUACGAUUUGACUUGAUCUAUUUUUAGUUUAUUGUAAAAAAUUGAGCAUUUGGAGACGACGAUUAGUCAAGGUUGCUGGGUUUCACUUACUUGACAAUAAAUAUCAAUUUCAAAAUGAAAAAAAA